CUAGGGACCGUAAAGCGCGGAAGGUCGCGGUACCAAGCUUCCCCGGAACUUUUUCCUCCCUCCUCUUCCUCCCCUGUCCCCGUCCCUGUCCCCGCUUCCGGCCCCCGGGACCCCCGGCCCCUGUGGUGGCUGCUGCCCCGCUUCAGCCGGGGUGUUGCUGAGCGCGGAGUCCGCGGGCGCCCGUGAGUCACUCUUGUGACCAGCAGCCCAUUUGUUCAGGAUGCUGUGACCGUGCAGAGGAGCAACUCAGGAGUUGGAGCUGUCCUCUCGGUGUUGUUGGCGUAAGCAGAUCCGAGCAUAACUAGCGUCAGUAUUGAGGUCGUUUAGCAGAAAAUCUUCUUCUUCGCAGCAGUUAAACACCCAGGUUGUUUUCAGCCAGUUUGAGUUCUUGGGAUCUGCCUCUUCGCUGAGUGAAAGCACGUCUCCUGCCUGCCUACAACGUGAUGUUUUUCCGGUUGCUGUCGGUGGUCCAGAGACCAAGAAGAAGCCGAGGGUGGCGGAAGUGGUCCUCAGCCAGGAGCGGUGUGUCAGCUGCUGAAGUACAUUCUGUGGCCCUGCCUGCCCAGGCGCAGGUGGUCAUCUGUGGUGGUGGAAUCAUGGGCACAUCCGUGGCCUAUCAUCUCUCCAAGAUGGGGUGGAAGGAUAUCGUCCUUUUGGAGCAGGGCAGGCUGGCUGCUGGCUCCACAAGGUUCUGUGCUGGCAUCCUAAGCACUGCCAGGCACUUGACCAUCGAGCAAAGGAUGGCAGACUAUUCAAACAAACUCUACCAUCAGUUAGAGCAAGAAACAGGGAUCCAAACAGGUUACAUAAGGACGGGCUCGAUCUUUCUGGCCCAAACCCAGGACCGGCUGAUUUCCCUGAAACGCAUCAACUCAAGGCUGAAUGUUAUAGGCAUCCCCUCCGAGAUCAUCUCCCCCAAGAAAGUGGCCGAACUUCACCCUCUCCUCAAUGUGCACGACCUGGUGGGGGCCAUGCAUGUCCCCGAGGAUGCAGUGGUGUCCUCCGCCGAUGUGGCUCUUGCCCUGGCAAGUGCUGCCUCCCAAAAUGGUGUUCAGAUCUAUGACCGGACAAGUAUUCUUCAUGUUAUGGUGAGAAAAGGUCAAGUCACUGGUGUGGAGACUGAUAAAGGACAGAUCCAGUGCCAGUAUUUUGUCAACUGUGCUGGUCAGUGGGCAUACGAGCUGGGUCUGUCCAACGAGGAGCCGGUUAGUAUCCCGUUACAUGCCUGCGAACACUUCUACCUUCUGACUCGCCCCUGGGAGACCCCUCUGCAGAGCAACACACCAACUAUUGUGGAUGGUGAUGGAAGAAUUUAUAUUUGGAACUGGCAGGGUGGCAUCCUGUCUGGGGACUUUGAGAAGAACCCAAAACCAGUUUUCACUGAGGGCAAGAACCAGCUGAAGAUUCAGAAUCAGCAGGAAGGCUGGGAUCACUUUGAUAACCCAGUUGGCUCUUCUUAGAGCCCCUCUUGAGUGCCCUGCUGCGUAGGAUGCCAGAACUGGAGACCCUGCAGAUCAUGAAGUUGGUGAAUUGCCCCGAGACCGUCACCCCAGACAUGAGGUGCAUCAUGGGCGAGUCUCCUUCCGUGCGGGGCUACUUCGUCCUGGCAGGAGUGAACUCUGCUGGCCUUUCGUUUGGUGGAGGAGCUGGAAAAGUUGACCAGAGAGUAAAGUGUUAGCUGUGCUGCUGGAAAACCCUUUACUGAAACGAGCUGCAGAAGCUUUCGACCCCACACCCAUCUGUUGAAGGUUCAAAAUGAUUCUUCAACUGAAUAUGCUGAGAAGAUUGUGG